AUACGCAGAAGGCAUUUUAACACCGAGCUGGGCAGAUACCAGAAUCUGACGACGCGAUUUGAGGUCUUUUUCUCUUAAUCAAAGCGAUAAAAAGCCCUCGUCAUGGGAACGGAAACUUCAAAGCUGUAUGACGUCACUGACACGCAGACGACAGAGCGAAAUGAAGAAAUGGCCCUUUUGCCCAAAUACCAGACCAAAUUAGCCGAGUUGAUGGAACAAAAGAAUCUGUUUGCCAUUAAAGAAAUGAGAAAUGAAUUGGGACCAGAGCGAAUGCAGAAACUUGUGGGGUCUCCUUACAAAGACAUGACUUUUGUCCAUCUUGCGGUGAAAUCAGGUUCUGCAAAUAUUUUGGCGUAUUUGGUCAACGAGUGCAAGGCAGACGUCUGCCGGAAAGGGACGGUUGAUGUCGCUCUGGACAGGGGUGGUGUCGUAAAAGUCGCAGAUGCUACCCCGCUUUGGAUCGCGUGCCAAAUGGGAAAUGUGAACUUGGUGAAAGCGAUCGUUUGGCUUGGGGGUGAUAAAAGUAUCAACGAACGAACGGCUAUCGGUUCCACGGCCCUGCAAGUGGCUUGCUAUUCCGGCCAUUGCACCAUUGUGAAAUUUCUCAUCGAAAACACAGCUGGUGUUGAAGUUAACUAUAAUUGCCUGCUAGCUGCCCUCAGCACCAAAGACAGAAUCCAUUUCGAGGUCGCAAAAUACCUCUUAAAAGAAGCCCAUUAUAACAAAGUAAACGAGCAAGACCCGGACGGAAUGACGUUACUCGCGUGGUGCGCGAGGGGAGGGAACGUGAACGGCCUUCGCUUGCUCAUCCGCUACGGUGCUGAAUGCAUCCCUGACAAAAAGGGUGUCACCCCUAUCAUGGUGGCCGCCGCCCAUGGUCACGUGACCGCCGUCAAGUUCCUCUUGGAGUACGGGGACAACGUGAAUUCCAAAGACCACGAGGGUCACGAUGCCGUCUACUGGGCGAGUAGAAACGGACACACAGAAAUAGCCAAAAUUUUGCUGGAUAAUCGGUUCCGUAAGCAUUACGGCCACACCAAGAUAAGACCCGCGUCCAUCUUUGAGUCGGAUUUUGAUGAUGAUGAGUAACUGAACUGCCAGCCUUUGCGUUCGUGUGCUAAUGCAAUCCUCUACCUUGGCGGCAGUUAUUAUUGUGGGCAUAUUUUGCUGAAUCGACUGAGAGCCAAAAUGACUGUCUAUUUAUCUAUAGACAUAUCUGUGAAUAUCUGUGGAAAUUCAAUCUGUCGCCAUGGUACCGUAGAGAGUAUGCCAAUGCUACUGCAGUGAAAUAAAUAUAUAAAUAUAUAUAUAUGUAU